AUGGCCGCAGCAAAUAACGCCCAGAACGUCAUCCGCAGGAAACUCGUCAUUAUUGGCGACGGUGCUUGCGGAAAGACUAGUCUGCUAAGCGUCUUUACCCUAGGCUAUUUUCCCACAAUCCCAACCGUUUUCGAGAACUAUGUGACGGACUGCAGAGUAGAUGGCAAGUCGGUUCAGCUGGCGCUAUGGGAUACCGCCGGACAAGAGGACUACGAGCGGUUACGUCCCCUAGCAUAUUCCAAAGCCCACGUCAUCCUCAUCGGUUUCUCCGUCGACACCCCCGAUUCUCUCGACAACGUCAAGCACAAGUGGGCUUGGACCCUCGGCGCUUUUAGGUCCGGAGCUGACGAGUGGUUACAGUGGGUGGAGGAGGUCACGCGUCUCUGCCCUGGCGUUCCCAUCAUUCUCGUCGGGCUGAAGAAGGAUCUCCGCGAAGAUCCCGUCGCCAUUGAGGAAAUGCGCAAGAAGUCGCUGCGCUUCGUCACCCACCAGGAGGGCGACGCCGCCGCCAAGGAGAUCGGCGCCCGCAAGUACCUCGAGUGCUCCAGUCUCAGCGGCGAGGGAGUCGACGACGUCUUCGAGGCCGCUACGCGCGCCGCCUUGCUGACCUUUGAGAAGGGUGAGGGCGGCGGCUGCUGCGUCAUUCUGUGA